AUGAAUUCAUUUCCAGAGAACGACAUCAAGCCGCCUAAGCCGUCUACCAUUAGACGGAGGGACCUUGCCAAUCCAAGUGCAUUGGGGUUUGGCGGGUUUGCAGCGACAUUGAUGGCUUUGUCCCUGUCUGGCAUGGGCUUCCGCGGGGUGACAAACCAAUCCGUCUUUAUAGCAAACCUCUGUUUUCUCGCUGGAAUUGGGCUCUUGAUCUCAUCGCAGUGGGAAAUGGUCAAAGGCAACACGUUUGGAUACACAGUCCUGGCAGCUUUUGGGCUAUACUACGGCGGUUACGGAGUGUUAAUAUUACCUUCGAUGGGCAUUCUCGAGUCAUAUCAAGGCCGGACGGCCGAAUAUCACAAUGCAUUUGGGAUUUACCAGCUCGUUUGGUGCAUACUGAAUCUGUUCUUUUUUAUUGCUUCCCUACCAACCGGCGGACCUAAUAUUUUUAUAUAUGGUGCAUUGGAGCUCUCAUACAUUUUCAACUGCAUUGCGCACUUUGUUAGGGCAGAAGGUAAUGUUGCAACCAGUACGAGCCUUAUGAAAGUGGCGGGCGCAUUCGGAUUUAUCUCAUCUCUAGCUGGUUUUUAUAUGUUGGGUCAUGAGCUUUGUCAAGAGAUUUUACCCUUUCGCAUUCCGGUGUACAACACCUCUCGCCUUAUAGAUAGUAGGAAAUCGAGCGAUCAGGAUAGCUAA